CGAUGACGAGGAGCCAGCAUCAGAAGACAUGUCCAAGCCAGACGCCUUCCACGAGCGCCUGCAAACCGCCACGCAGGAUUUGGGACUCAAGCUGCAAUUCCAGCCGCUAGUUAAGCAGUACACAGACGUGCUAGAAUGGCUCGAGACCGCAGAACCCUUAGAGAAAGGCAUCUACAAGCGAGCUGUAUCCAGCUUAGCUCAGUGCACAGCGCUGGCGGUGCUAACGUACCAUAAAGCAGCAGAAAUGCUGCUGGUCAAGCCGCGCCGCUCCACUGCUGACGAAGCCGAUGCGCUAACACAAAUGACAGUGGUGCUGACCAAACAUGUGAGUGAACUGGCGACUCUCUUCACCGAGAAAUUGAACUCUAUCAAUAGUGAAAACAAGGAACAAAUCAACAACUACAUCACCAAUAUAUUUUUAGAGGCCGGCAACAGCUCUACGUAUAUUCAAAAUGCAUUCCAAUUAGCACUACCCAUUCUACAAAUUGGCGCUGUAUAGAUAUUAUUAUUUACAACUUAGCCUAAAUUUAUAUACAACAUUAAAUGUUAAAAAUAAAAAUGGUGUUCAUCAAAUCUCACAUUUAAAGCUUAAUCUAGCAAAUAAUUAAAUAACGUAUGUAUAAUAUCCUUAUAUUUAAUUGGCAAAACACUAUUAAAGCUGAUAAAAAAUAACACUAUUCCUAUCUGCCAAAAAGCGGCAGAUUUAUA